GAGGAGACUGAGCUGAAUCUUUUUAUUUCAGUGUGAGAACAUCUCUAUCUCCGUAACGUAAUGACAUCAAUUUGGCUUCUUCAAUUCCCUUCCCUUCCUUCCAGCACCGGGUUUCUUCAAAUGUAACAUCGUUGCUACUACUACAUCGUAGGCAUUGCCUAACACAUCGGCUCAACUGGAUUCCUCUAACACCUAAUAGAACGUUUUCGAUGAGAGCUAUUAAUGAUUCAAUUAGCUCCGAGGAGGACAAUCGUGCCCAGACCAAGGUCGUGGAAACAGCGAAAAGUACUCUGGUGGUAGAUUCCAAACAUCCACUUUCCUUGUUUCAGGAAUCCAUUACAUCUUCCCCUCCUAUUGUUUUCCUGAUGAAAAUUUUCCCUAGAAACUACUUUACAGUGGGGUUGUGCAUUACAAUCGCAAUUAUGGUUGUUGCUCGGAGAGCAUACGCAGAGAGGAAGUCAAGCCAAAGCCAUCCUGGUUCUGUAGCUGAUCUUGUAAGGCGUGGCCAGAUAAGAUCAGAUAGAAGAGGCAUAUCGAUGCCUCUCAAGUAUGAUGACCCAUUUAAUAAUCCAUUGGUUAAGGUUGGGAAGAGCAAUUCGACUGUAGAGAUGUGUGGAAAGCAAUAUCGCUUAGCUCCAGUUACUCUUACUGAAGAGCAGCAAGCUGUCCAUCAGAAAAGGAGAUCAAGAGCAUACCAGUGGAAGAGACCAACAGUAUUCCUUAAAGAGGGGGAUACAAUUCCUCCGGAUGUUGAUCCUGAUACAAUCAGAUGGAUUCCUGCAAAUCAUCCUUUUGCAGCCACUGCUAGUGGCAUUGAUGAAGACUUGGAACAAAAUAAUGUCUACCAACAACGUGGUGUUCCAUUCCGUAUUAAGGCUGAGCAUGAUGCACUACAGAGAAAGCUUGAAGCACUACAAAAGGAAGAAAAGUUGAACAAUCUGUUUAUCGCCAGUAGAAAUGCUAAAGAAUUCCGAAGGACGUUCAAAUUAAAUGACAAGUCAGAAGAACCCGUUGAGCAGGGCCCCAAUAACAAUUCCAGAGUUGAACUAAGCCCACUAAAACAGAGCGGGCCUCUGAUUCGAUUGAACGCAACACGUCUUCGGAGGAAAUGCAGCAACCCUGAAAUAUUUGGUACACUUAGUGUCAUUUAUGUAGUACUAGUUCUAUUCGGCAAUGAACUCUUGAUUUUGUAUUAUAUGAAAAGAUAAAUCUCCUUGUGAAUUACCACUAGGUGGCUCAAACUGAUCUGCUGUUUUAAAAUGGAGAGCAAAGUUGUACAUAUAAUUGCAGUACUAAAUUAUAUCCAUUAAUAUAAAAAUGCAGAUUGUUCUAUGUUA